CCUGUGUGGUGCUCAUGCUGACAUCAGCACAGCUUCCUGCCGCCGGCACCGCUGCGCCGUGUGCUCACCCCUGCACCCCUCAGAGCCAUCCUGUCACAGCCAGAGCCAUGGAGUCGGUGGCUCUGUACAGCUUCCAGACGACAGAGAAGGACGAGCUGCCCUUCCACAAAGGGGACACCCUGAAGAUCCUCAACAUGGAAGAUGACCAGAACUGGUACAAGGCUGAGCUGUAUGGCUGUGAGGGCUUCAUCCCCAAGAACUACAUCAAGGUCAAGCCUCACCCGUGGUAUCGGGGAAGGAUCUCCCGGCAUCUGGCAGAGGAGCAGCUCCUCCAGCGCAAGCACAUCGGAGCCUUCCUGAUCCGAGACUGUGAGAGCGCUCCGGGGGAGUUCUCCAUCUCCGUCAACUACGGGCAGCACGUCCAGCACUUCAAGGUGCUCAGGGAGAGGAAUGGCAAAUAUUACCUCUGGGAGGAAAAGUUCAACUCCCUCAACAAGCUGGUGGAUUUCUACAGGACCACCAGCAUCGCCAAACAGCAGCAGAUCUUCCUCCGGGAUGAGGACCAGGGCCAGGAGGUGAGGAGACCCAGGUUCGUGCAGGCUCAGUUUGAUUUCUCCUCCCACGACUGCUCCCAGCUUCCUUUCCUCCGCGGGGACAUCAUCGAGGUCCUGGACUGCCCCGACCCCAACUGGUGGCAGGGGAAGAUCUACGGGCGCAUCGGCCUCUUCCCUCGCAGCUACGUGCACCCCAUCUGCAAGUGAGCUGCUGCGGGCAAGCAGGGGGGGGACCACGGCCCCGCUGCCCCCCCACUCACCGGAGCUGCUUUGGCCCUGGACGUGGACUGCACAUCCCCUUGUCCCCAUGGAUGGUGCCCGUCCCUCCGCAGGGCUGGCGACACACAAGGACUCAGUGCCAUGGGGGCUGUGCUGGAGGUCGUGGCCAGGAUCACAGCGAUCCCCAUCCAAGGGUGCCCAUUUCCAGCACCCUGAAACGUCGGCUCUCCCUGUUCCCUGCCCAGGAGACCUCCAACAUUCCCAGCCCAGGCAUCGCCUCUCAUUGGGAGCAGCACAGAGCGCUGGACCACGGCCAGAAAACCUUCUCCAGAGCCCCAGCCUGAUGGGGUGGCAGCUAUGGAGGGGAUGAGAAUGUGUCCCCCAAACCUUCGCUCCUCUCCAGGGCAAGGAAAGCCUGGGUUCCAAGCAGGGCUGCAGGCAGCCGGGAUGCAGCCAGGCUUGGUAACCCCAUGGAGGGAUGCUGGGAAAGGCUGAUCCAGGGGGUUCAGUCCUGUGGGUGCUGUAAAUAGCCGCACAUUGUACCUUUGGUGAUGGUAGUUCUAUUCAGAGCUGGUAAAACGUGUUCGGUGACA